AUGGACGUCCAGUCGUUGUUUGCACUCGCCAUCGCAGCCGCCGUCAUCUCGUAUCUUAAGCUCUCUGGUGCCUCUUAUACGAUAAUUCUGCUUGGUCUUCUAGUAUCUGCCAUAACGCAGCUAGCAAUAUCUUUGACAUUUUCAAGUUUAGUAUACCGAUGGUUCUUAUCGCCAACGAAGAGUCUUCCCCAUCCCAAGGAUACGCCUUUCAUCUUGGGAAACUUGAUUCCUUUUCUGAGCGAACCAUGGGGAUUUCCGUUGGUCCGCUGGCAGCGCACGGUAGCAACUAGUAUCAGUGGUUUUUAUCGUGUCUUUCUGGGCCCUUAUGACUAUCUGAUUCCCAAGACUUCGCAAGCAGUAAUGGCAGUUAUGACUCAACCAUAUCUUUUUCAUAAACCUGCUGCGGUUAGAAGCGGACUUGUUGAGAGCUUAGGGGUUGGCCUCGUGGCUGCUGAAGGUUCCGUUUAUAAGCGACAAAAGAAACUUCUUACUCCUAUAUUUGGUAUGAGCCGCAACAGGCGUCUUGUCCCUCAGAUGUGGACGAAGGCCAUAAUCCUGGCUGAUAAAGUCCAAGAGCAUAUUAGCCAAACUGAAUCCAAGUCAGAUGUACUUUAUAUGCAUCCUCUAACUAUGGCAGCCACCCUAGAUGUCAUUGGCGUAACCACUUUGGGUGUUGAUUUCGACUCUGUGACACGACCAGACCAACCCAUCUUGCAAGCCUAUCAGCGCGUCUUUCCAUCCUUUGAGAACCAAACUACAAUAGAGAAGUUCUUUGGUGCAACUCUUCCCGCAAUAAUAUCGCCUCAUCUACUGUUCAAACUGCCCUUGAAACCAAUCCAAGAGUUUCAUCAGGGAAUGGCCUUCUUAAAAAACUUCUGUUCGUCCCAAAUUCGGCAGAAACGAGAAGAGAUUGAGAACGAUAAAAAUGGUAACAUAGACAUACGAGAAAAAGAUAUUCUCUCUGCUCUUAUUGCUUCUGGACUUGAAGACGAAAGUGAGAUUCUCAGUCACAUCUUGACAAUUCUGGCGGCCGGACAUGAAUCUACAGCCAUAACGUUAGCAUGGGCUAUCUUUAAACUCGCACAACAUCCCGGUGUCCAAGAUAAGCUGCGGGUCGAAGUACUAGUAGCAACCAAAAAUAUGAAACGAGAAGGGCUGACACUUGAUGAGAUUAACUCUUUGACAUACCUUCGAUGUUUUCUGAUGGAGGUUUUUAGACUUUACCCUGCAUUUCCAGCCAUGAUGAGGGAGGCGAGCCAGGGAACUACAGUGGGUGAUCUCAAGAUUCCCAAGGGAAAACAAAUUAUGGUAAGCCCAUACGCUGUCAACCGAUCACAGGAGCUGUGGGGAGAUGAUGCCGACGAGUUCAGGGUCGAGCGCUGGGAGGAGUCAUAUAGUGGUGGAGCCAAGACUUCACAGGCCUUCUUGACCUUUUCCAGCGGUCCACGCAUUUGCAUUGGCAAAGAUUUUGCCACCUUGAGCCUUAAAGUAUUUUUGACAGUUUUGGUAUCAAAGUUCCGAUUUGAAGAGGCAAUUCCCGGUUGGCACCCCGCGAUACAGAAAGGAACCAGCCUUAAACCUCAGGGGCUAAAGGUCAAAGUGACACAAUUAUAA